UUUUGAAAGCUUUCAGUUUGAUAACUUUGUACGAGAACCUUGCGACGUAAAUUUGUGAAAUUUUCAGAAACUUGCAUUUCUUGUUUUAUUUUUCUACCAACAAAAUGAGUCAAUUGGUUGCCAAGGCGAAGACCCUAGUAAACAAAAUGAUUGUGGCAGCACGUCCGCAGCUCGAUGAAUUCUGGAAGUAUGCCAAGGUGGAGCUGACACCGCCACUGCCCGCUGAUUUCCAGAAGCUGAAGCAGACCGCUGAGUCCGCCAAGUUGGCCUCCAAGAAGGAUAUGAAGGGGCAGCUGAAGAAGUCCGGACUUUCGCAGGUGACCGUCGGUGAGGCCUGGCUAAAUGUGCUGGUCACCGUGGAGGUGAUUACCUGGUUCUACAUGGGCGAGGUCAUCGGUCGUCGUCACUUUGUCGGCUACAAGGUUUAGAAAUAGCAGAUAUGCUAUUCUCCUUAUGUUUUUGUGUUGUAUGCAAAUGGCCCAGUGCAUUUAUACCGUUUUUAUGUGGCCAGGUGCACUGAAUAAAGGUGCAUUAUCAGCUUUACAAU